CCUGAAAUGGCCUAGUCGACUUACCAGGCAUCUCUAGUAUGUGUCACGUGAUCUGGUAAAGUGGAAAAAUGUAGCAGGCGAGAAGGAAGAAUCGGUCGAGAUCAGAAGUAGACAGUGGGACGCGUUUAUUUAAAGGUUUGCCUGGUCUUACUAAGCUCUACUGAUGUGUUCCGUGACUGGGCAAAGACGUGUGUACCAUGUGUAAUGACGCAUGAAUAAAGCUGCCACUGUGGGGGAGGCGAACAAGGAGUGGUGAGGAUGAAGCUGAAUGAACGCAGCGUGGCACACUAUGCCACCUGUGACUCACCGCCUGACAAGACGGGCUUCCUCUUCAAAAAGGGGGAGCGUAACACAGCUUACCACAGACGCUGGUUUGUCCUGAAGGGAAACAUGCUCUUCUACUUCGAGGAGCGUGACAGCCGGGAGCCCAUCGGUGUCAUUGUUCUGGAGGGAUGCACUGUCGAGCUCUGUGAGUCAGCUGAGGAGUUCGCCUUCGCCAUUAAGUUCGACUGCGCCAAGGCCCGUGUCUUCAAGAUGGCGGCCGAGAGCCAGGCAGCCAUGGAGUCAUGGGUGAAGGCGUUGUCACGAGCGAGUUUUGACUACAUGAGGCUAGUGGUGAAGGAGCUGGAGAGGCAGUUGGAGGAGAUCCAGCAGGCGACGGGAAGUGCCUUAUCAGGAAGAGCAAAGAUCUCAAAGAAGAGCUCGAAAUCAAAAUCAAGCGCUUCCUCAUCUACAUCAUCAUCCACAUCAUCGUCGUCAUCCUUGACAUCACUAUCAUCUAACUCCCAAAAGAUCCUCCAGGAUGAAAUGCAUAGCUGUUCCAAGCUAAAUGGCGUCACCUGGAACAAACCCCCGACCUCCGACGGAUUCGUUGAAGGGACGUCGUCGUGCGCAGCCUGGGAAGUGGGUGCGAACCCUGAGAACAGCAACAUGCUCGGUUACGAUGGAGCGAAAGCACCGCCAGUGCCUCCCCGCAGACGAGGAGCAUCCCUGGAGAGUCCAGUCUGCCCCGGCACAGGAUGCUUCUCCAAGUUGCACGACUGGUACGGCUUAGAGGUGGAGGAGCUGAGAGCGGAGUGGCUGCAGAGCCAGUGAACAGACGUUCCACUUGUCCACAACAUUUCAACAUUUCUUCAUCACUAUUUGCAUGUUGGGAUAAAAACAAACUGUAAGUUCAUCACUUGACUGUCUUGUGACCAAACAGGUUUGAAACAGGAUCAAGGAGGGGGUACGUAAGUGGAUGGGUACAAAAGAGAAUACAGCAAAGCUUGGUUCUGGAUAACACACAAUAUUACCUUUCAAAAAAAAUCCCAAAUGAUAGUUGUUGAAUGUAUGUCUGGAGGAAACUCAGCAAUAAUGACACUGUCACUCAUCUGACUCGCACCUUGUUCAUGAUUGACAGAACAGUAUUGCAGAUACACCAGCUAAUAUAGUCCGUGCGUACAGCAAUCGCUUACCUCUUCAAGUGACAAGGAGGUGGGCUGCUGUGUGAUCCUAAACCAACUAUACCAGCAUGGUGUCACUAGUGUUCGAACACUGUUAUUGGGCUUUGUAUUAAGUGUCUACAUUGAAAGGUUAAAAAAAAAGAGCACAUCCAAGUGACAUGGUUCGGCGUCUCAUCGAGGCGACACCCCAGAAAAAUGUCCUGAGAGCCAGUCAGGCUAUUUGUGAUGUGAACAAUUCAUCCCAGAGGCCUUCUUUUUGAUAAUGUCAGACCUCCCUCGCUGCGGCCCCCACCAUCUUUUUAUAGUCAAGAGGGGGCCAGAUAUGUCGCUCAUAGCAGCACAUGGUGGUAUUUUAGCUUGCGUUAGCCAGCAGCUAAAUGUCUCUAUGUCAAAACAUUGCUUUUUUUUCUCCUCUCCUCUCUUUUGUUCGAGGUUGUGUAACUACGAUGGAACACCAAUUGCCUCUUGCUCUACACUACCAUCAACAACAAACAAGAGAAGUGGUUCUGUAACUCUUCCAUGUUGGAAGUUCUCACCAGCAUUGUUUUUUUUUAAUGGUUCCUGUCUUCCUUUUACUGAAUCAAAUCGGUCUGUGCCUUGUAUCUCUGUUUUUACUAGUAGUACUUGAAAUUAUUCUGAUGGUUUAGUAUUCUCUAACUACCAUUCCGUGUAUAUUCCAUCAUUUUCACUAUGACGGUGCAUUCUUAUUUUUUAGGGACGGGAGACUGCAAUAAUGAAAAGCAGCAAAUAAUCUAUGGUUUACUCUUAACUGCAAACACAUUUCUAAAGAAUUAUGAAUGUUAUUCUUAUGCUUCCCAAAAAAGAAAUGCCAAGCAAUUCCAUGUUUUUUAUUACGUGUGAGCUGAAUGAAAAUGUACGACUGUUUUAACUUCAUGGUGUAUGUUCCCAAAGUUGAGCAUUCAAAGUUUUUGGCUUGAAAGUGAUUAAUGCCAUGGAAAAGUGUAAGCUGGACCAAUUGUGGGCUAAAGAUAGUAUUGUGUGACACUAAGAUAUGUCAACAUUGUGGACUUAAAUCAUCUGAAAUGUUGCUGCUUAAAUAUUCCCUUUUGACAAACAGAUGUGACAAGAAAAAUCUUUUUGUUAUUAAUUUCUGAAAUUUUCACUUCCAUGAUGUUUGAAAUGUACAAACUAAUUUGGUUGUUCAGUUUUAUAACUGCUAUUGUUUUAGGCUCAGCAUUAAGUUACUUCACCUUUAGAAAUAUUACAUCAACAUCACAAACGUGUUAAACACAUUGUCAUGACCAUUAAAUAUGACUGUUUAUCUGAAGGAGU